AUGGUGUCAAAAAGUAUCCUCCACCGUGCCCUGGUGAUGGUUUCGCUGUUUGCAGCAGCGUCCGCUCAAGUAACGGCCCCCUGCGCCGGCAUUCAGGAUGGGACAUUCGUGAACGACUUCAGCUCCUGCGAGGGAUACUUCCUGUGUGACAAUGGGCAACCGCUACCGGCCACCUGCCCACCCGGAUUCUUCUUUAACGAAGCCGAGCAACUGUGCGACUUUCCCCAGAAUGUGUUUUGUUACGUGUGCGGCCACACAUUCGGUGUUGAGUUGUUCCCGUCGCCAUCGUCUUGCGACAAGUUUAUCACCUGUUCGAACGGUAUCUCGUUCGAGGGUACGUGCAGUGCUGGCCACAGAUUCGAUGCCACGCAACGGAUUUGCAUGAAUGGAGAGCGUGCCCAAUGCAAUACACAGCCUGGCUGCCCUGAAAUUGACAAUCCCAAUGAGGUUGUCUUCCUUCCGGGCAACCAGUCCUGCAACGAGUACUUCCUGUGCCAGGCGGGAACGGCCAUCCAGAGGUUCUGCGCUCCCGGGCUGCACUGGAAUCGAGUGGCGGAGCGUUGUGACUUUCCUGAGAUUGCACAGUGCCCGCUGCCGCAGACACAGCAUUGAAUAGCGUACUGUGCAGUUGGCGUUGUAAGGAUUGCUCUCGUCGAAACUAUUGAUAGACAUGUACCUAAUACUUUCCACUACGUUUACCACCAAGGAAUUGCUAAAAUAAUCGAAACAUAGAUAGAAGUUAAUAAUUUAAAAAAA